AUGAACCCCUUUCAAGAUGCUGGCCCAUCUCGUCAGGCCAACUUCGAACCCGAGGACCAGAUGUCCGCCACUCCUGGUAGGAAACGUGUUGGUUGGCAUGAAGAACAUCCCGUACGCUCACAACAAUCACCUGAAGACACAGGCUCUGGGGGGCAUAACACGCCCCUCGAACGGUCGGAUGUAUCACAUGAUGAUCUCCAGAAGAUCCGUGCCUCGCUACGUCUAGCUCUUGGGGAUGAACACCUACCGGAAGAAGUCAUACAGGAACCUAUCGCUGCUCCAAAAGAUGUACAGAAGCCUCGCCCAGCCAUCCGAAAACCAGGUCCCCGAACGCCACCUCCGGAAUUCUAUCUCAACGACCAACCAAACCCCUUCGACGACAAUGCGGCGACCACUCCUUCGGUUGGUCAUGACCUCAAGGAGAGAUCAGGACUUGCUGCUCAACGCCGCGCAGCGAGACUGUCCAAGUCUGUCGGUACUUACUCUGCCCCAAUAUCGCGACGCAACUCUAAGGAGAUCGCGUCUCCGCCUGUCGAACUCCAGAAUCUUUCAAAGCAAUACGAAUCGGUGGGCGAGACCACCGAUGAUGACGAGGACGACCCCAGGUUCAUGAAGCGUGCAUCCAUGAUUCUUCGUCAGCACACGAUACGAGCUGCCAAUGGCCAGCCUGCAUUAAGUGCUGAAGAUCUGUAUCAUACCGAAGCACCGCUCGCGUCAGGCCAGGUGACACCAGACGCUAUGGAUGUUGAGGAUGAGCAUGUCGUUCGUCCUACCAAGUACAGAACGGGAGUGUUGGGCACUCUCAUGAAAAUGUCUUCUAAUGCAGCACCACCACCAUCAUCAUCAUCGCGCCGACCCGUUCACCAUCGAACUCUGAGCACUGGCACGUUCAGCGGAGCGUCAACAGCGGCCAACUCCCCGAACCCAUCGCCGCCCGCCUCCGGCUACUCGACCCCACGCGGAGGCCGUCCUUGGUUCCGAAGCCAUCACAACAACCAGUCAGCAACAUCCAUCUCGCAAUUAGUCGGAUCCUCAGCUCACAGUUUUGCUGCACCUGCGCAACAAGAGCUUGGUCAGGAGUUUGAUCAGCAAUACAAGAAGACAGCCCGUCCUGGCAUGGGCAAGCGUUCCAAGUCUGACGAGUCUAUUUUACCUUUCAAGAAGAACAAGAGGAAGGAGGAGGAGAUCAAGAUCAAAAUCCAUCUUGCUGGUACACUUGCGCGCCAGAACUAUCUGCGCAAGCUGUGCAAAGCGCUCAUGAUGUACGGAGCUCCCACUCAUCGACUGGAAGAGUACCUGAACAUGUCGGCUCGUGUCUUGGAGAUCGAAGCACAGUUUCUAUACAUGCCUGGUUGCAUGAUUGUUGCAUUCGACGACUCCUCAGUUCACACUAGUGAGGUUAAACUCGUUCGAACUAGCCAGGGUGUUGAUCUUGGCAAAUUGCGAGAUGUGCACGAGAUCUACAAAGAUGUGGUCCAUGAUAGGAUAGGUGUGGAAGAGGCUACACCUCGACUGGACGCUAUCAUGGUGCGCAAAGAUAAGUUCAACAAGUGGCUUCGGGUGCCGAUGUACGGUUUAGCCUCCGCCACUGUCGGACCUUUCGCGUUUCAAGCUCGAUUUAUCGACCUGCCCUUCUGCUUCCUUCUGGGAUGCCUCAUCGGAUGGCUUCAACUUGUCGUCGCCCCUGGAAAUGACCUUAUCAGCAACGUUUUCGAGAUCGGAGCAUCGGUCAUCACUAGUUUUGCUGCGCGUGCUCUUGGAUCCAUUCGGCACGACGGGAAAGAGAUCUUUUGCUUCAGCGCUAUGGCUCAGUCUAGUAUCGCCCUCAUUCUGCCUGGUUUCAUGGUGCUUUGUGCGUCGCUAGAGCUGCAGAGCAAGCACAUUGUCGCUGGGUCUGUACGCAUGGUGUAUGCCAUCAUCUACUCUCUCUUCCUUGGAUUCGGCAUCACGAUUGGUACUGUACUAUAUGGCAUGAUGGACGGCAAUGCAACCUCCCGGACGACCUGCCAUGAGCCCAUGUCAACGAACUUCUACUACCUCUUUGUUCCUGCGUUCGCAAUCUGUCUACAGAUUGUUAAUCAGGCCAAGUACAAGCAGAUGCCUUCCAUGACAGUCAUUGCUUUCAUCGGCUGGGUCAUCAACUUCCACAGCUCAAAGUACUUCAAGAGCAAUGCGCAAGUCAGCAACACUCUCGGAGCACUAGGCAUCGGUAUCGCCGCCAACGCUCAUGCGCGUUUUGGUCGUCACAUCGAGAACUGGAGCUUAGACAUGUGGGAGAACAAGAUACGACCCGAGUUGGUCAAGGUGCGUAAGGUGUAUCGCAGGAAGAGCCAUGGACCCAUCCGUACGCCUAAGGUCGAGCGAUCAGCUUAUGACCCAACGCACAACAGCAGUGGCCAUACAUCGCGCGCCAGCUCAGUCAGCGACUUCACACCACACACCAGGAAAAUCGGCUACGGUCUUGCCGCAGCUGCCAUGUUGCCAGCUAUCUUCGUUCAAGUUCCAUCAGGAUUGAGUGUCCAAGGUUCUCUCGUAUCGGGUCUGACUUCAGCCGACCAGAUCGUGCGCAACAGUACCGGCAACGCUACAACACUCAGCAGUGCGGACGUAGGCAGUAGCACAACCAUCAACUCCAUCGCUCUAGAUGUCGGUUUCUCAGUUGUUCAGAUUGCGAUUGGUAUCACUGUUGGCCUGUUCUUGGCCGCGCUCAUCGUAUACCCGUUGGGUAAGAGGAGGUCGGGAUUGUUCAGUUUCUAG